UCCGGCUUGCUGGCAGGAUCAGAGUCACCCCGCCUGUACGUGUUAGCUUGUGUAUGUGUACAGGAGCUGCUGAUCAGCAAAAACACUUUAAACAUGGCCGGCCGGAUCAUGCAAGCGGCGCGAUGCCCGACGGAUGAACUGUCACUGACUAACUGUGUUGUAGCACAUGAGAAGGACCUAAAGUCUGGGCAGCAUGUAAGCAUCAAGACCUCACCCACCCAUAAAUAUGUGUUCACUGUAAAGACGCACCCGAGCGUGGUCCCUGGAACCAUCGCCUUCAGUUUGCCCCAGAGGAAAUGGGCUGGUCUGUCCCUAAAUCAAGAAGUAGAAGUGAGCAUUUACAAUUUUGACCCAUCAAAGCAGUAUGUGGGAACAAUGACUCUAGAGGUUGAUUUCCUGCAGAAGAAGAAUGCGGAUAGCAACCCUUAUGACACUGACAAGAUGGCCAUUGAGUUCAUUCAGCAUUUCAAUGCACAGGCCUUUUGCCAGGGCCAGCAGUUUGUAUUUAGCUACUGUGACAAGCUCUUUUUAUUACUAAUCAAAGAAAUUGAAGCAAUGGACCCCAGCAUUCUGAGGGGGGAGCAGGGCUCCAGCAAGAAAAGCAAGAUUGACAUUGGGUUGUUGCAUGGCAACAGUCAGGUGAUUUUUGAGAAAGCAGAAAACUCUUCAAUCAGCCUGGUCGGUAAGGCUAAGACUAGAGGUGCUCGACAGUCCAUCAUUAACCCUGACUGGAAUUUUGAGCGCAUGGGGAUUGGAGGCCUGGACAAAGAGUUCUCGGACAUCUUCCGUCGGGCUUUCGCCUCGCGAGUCUUCCCUCCAGAUAUAGUGGAGCAGAUGGGCUGUAAACACGUUAAAGGAAUCCUGCUGUUUGGGCCUCCUGGCUGUGGAAAGACGCUGAUGGCCCGUCAGAUUGGGAAGAUGCUGAAUGCCAGAGAGCCCAAAGUGGUCAAUGGCCCUGAGAUCCUCAACAAGUAUGUGGGAGAGUCAGAGGCCAACAUCAGGAAACUGUUCGCUGAUGCAGAAGAAGAGCAGAAAAGGUUGGGAGUCAAUAGUGGACUGCACAUCAUCAUUUUUGAUGAGAUUGAUGCCAUCUGUAAGCAGCGAGGGAGCAUGGCGGGCAGCACUGGCGUUCAUGACACAGUGGUCAACCAGCUGCUGUCCAAGAUUGAUGGUGUGGAGCAACUCAACAAUAUCCUGGUUAUAGGUAUGACUAAUAGACCUGACCUCAUAGAUGAAGCUCUCUUGAGGCCUGGAAGACUGGAGGUCAAGAUGGAGAUUGGUCUACCGGACGAGUCGGGCCGUGUUCAGAUCCUAAACAUCCACACGGCCAGGAUGAAGCAGUCAAACAUGCUGGCCACAGAUGUAGAUAUUAAGGAACUGGCUGUGGAGACCAAGAACUUCAGUGGAGCAGAGUUAGAGGGGCUAGUGCGAGCAGCUCAGUCCACCGCCAUGAACCGUCACAUAAAGGCCAGUACUCAGGUGGAGGUGGACACUGAAGAGGCCCAAAAGCUGCAGGUCACCCGAAGUGAUUUCUGGGCAUCGCUGAAUAAUGACAUCAAACCCGCCUUCGGGACCAAUCAGGAAGACUACUCCAGUUACAUCCUGAAUGGCAUAGUGAAGUGGAGUAAUGCUGUGUCAGAUAUACUGGGAGAUGGAGAAUUGCUGGUGCAGCAGACCAAAAACAGUGAACGCACACCGCUAGUGACAGUGCUACUGGAGGGUCCACCUCACAGUGGUAAAACAGCAUUGGCAGCGAAAAUCGCAGAGGACUCACAGUUCCCCUUCAUCAAAAUCUGCUCUCCAGACAAGAUGAUCGGCUUCUCCGAGAUCGCCAAGUGCCAAGCCAUCAAGAAGAUAUUCGAUGAUGCCUACAAGUCCCAGCUGAGCUGUGUGGUGGUGGAUGAUAUUGAGCGGCUUCUGGACUUUGUGCCCAUCGGACCCCGCUUCUCUAACUCCGUUUUGCAAUCCUUGUUGGUUCUGCUGAAGAAGACACCUCCUCGCGGUCGUAAGCUGCUGAUUUUAGGCACCACCAGCCGUAAGGACGUGCUGCAGGAGAUGGGCAUGUUGGACUCCUUUAGCACAACCAUUCACAUCCCUAACAUCGCCAGAGGAGAGCAUCUGAUGGAGGCCCUGGAGCUGCUGGGAGGUUUCCAGGAAGAUGAACGCACAAAAAUUGCAAAGGAGGUCAAAGGCAAAGGAGUGUGGCUCGGCAUCAAGAAGCUUCAGAUGCUCAUCGAAAUGUCCCUGCAGAUGCCCCCUGAAUACAGAGUUGGGAAGUUUUUGGCACUGCUGACAGAAGAGGGCGCGUUGGGUUCUGAUAAGCAUGUGGCUAUAUAGGCCCAUAUCACUGGAGUGUGACCACACUCAUUGGCUUUUAUGCCGUGUUGUACGCUGCCUGCUGCCGUGGUGACGACCCUACCUUUCCGUCCCAUUCAACACUAGCUGUACUGGUUAACAACUCAAUUGAACACUGCACAAGGGGGAUGGCUUUGUAUAUACACAGUAUAUAUUGUUUUGGUGUUAAAGGCUGCCAGCCCUCCAUGGAAACUGGAUGUGUGUGUGCAUAAAGGUAUGCUGAUGUACAUUACAUGCAUGUAUAUGAAGGCCUGUUGUGUAUAUGCUUUUGCAUUAAACAUUCCUGAAAAUAAUGCCUUAAUCUUAAUGACUCUUGCUCUGUCCUUACUUUGAAUGUGUGAGUACUUUCAUGAUUUUUGUAGACUGUAAUCAUGGAUUUUUUUAUUCUGACUUUCAAUGCUGUCAUUUUUUCUGACCAAACUGUAUUUCAGAGACUUCCAUCUCAUUGUUACAGUUUGUAUUCUUUGGUAUCCUGAAUUUGCACAUUGAUAUAAUUUUUUUUUAUUCAUACAAAAGUAAAGCACUUGUGCAUGUUCAUUAAAGGGAAAUGUCUUUCUUCCUAUAGUGACCUUGUGGAGACCAUAUGUAGCAGAGGUAGAAAGAUCUUAGCUGAUCACUCCUGCACCCUCCCUCAUGUCAGAGGCCUUCAUUAUCAGCAGUGAAUAACAGUAAACAAUAAUGAUGCCUGUUAGCAGGAAUUGCAGCAGCUAGCGGACCGAGGUUUGGUACAACAACGCUAGAGGUUAUUAAAAUAUAAAUGUUCAUCAUGGUUAGCAGGUAAAGUUGGAGGUAGAUCUGAGGGCCUACCAAGGAGGAGUUCAAGCCUUAUGUACACAAGAAAAAACAUUGACCUUGACAGCCCUUCUAUCAGUUUAGUCCAUUUCUUUGUCAUUCUUUCUUUCUCUCCUUUUUUGUACCAAGUGACUUCACCUUGAAUUAAGUGAACUAGCUCUCACAUGGAGUCAAAAUGUGUUGCUUUUUAUUUGAAGACAUUCUGAUCUCUCUCUCUCUCUCUCUCUCUCUCUCUCUAUAUAUAUAUAUAUAUGCUCCAUAUAUGUACAUUUACAAAGUAAGAACUGUGCAGUUAGUUUGAAAGCACAUGUGUGAUGUUUGAAGUAUUUAAUGUUCUCAUUGGAGUUGUGUGAUUCUGAUCUAAAUUAUGUGUUGCAGAUUGAGUCUUGUAUCAUCUUAAGUGUAUGUGAAAGUUUUAUUGAACUUUGUUAGAACUUCAGGUAAAUGCACUGAUAAAUGCAUUAAAUAAAUGAUUUGAAUCCAACAGAUACAUAUGCUCAUAAAAAAUAAAGGUUCCUAAAUAGUU